AUGAAUCUCAUACAUUUGAGCUUUGUUUUCAUUAUCAUAGCCAACAGCCGAGCUGAGGAUGCUCCAACUUCUACUGUUUCUCCGUCUUCGGAUCAAACGACGGAAGCAAGCAAAAGUACAUUCGAUUUGACUACAACAUCAAGUGUUCCAAAUGCAACAAAGGCUUCCACUUCGAAUUUCGUAGAAGAUGUAGGAAAAAUGCUGAAUUCGUUCGCUACAAUUGCCCCAAUCCCCAUAGAACAGCUUUUUGGUCCCAUAAUUCAACCAAGUCCCAUACCAACAAUUGAUAUCAACAAAAUAUUGAAAUCGUUACCCAAUAUUCCGCCGAUCCAAAUUCCAACUAUCGAUUCGUCUUUUUUCGCUAGUCUUCCGACCCUCCCUCCGCUUGUUUUACCUACUAUAGAUCCUGAUUUCUUCAAAAAUUUUCCAACUUUAGCUCCUAUCCAGAUACCUACCAUAGAUCCUGACUUCUUCAAGAAUUUACCAACUAUAGCUCCUAUCCAGUUACCUACCAUAGAUCCUGACUUCUUUAAAAAUAUUCCGACACUCCCACCACUGCCUACUCUAGAUCCUAAUAUAUUUAAAGGCUGGCCCACCCUUCCUCCAUUCAAAUUGCCAGAAUCGCCUGUGUUUGGAAAUGCUCAAGACAGAUGUAUUCCAAAACUGUUGAAGUUCUCCAGAGAUAACGUGACUUUCCAAGAUGAUUUGAAAACUUUUGCUCAGCAAGGUCAAGCUACAAAUGCAGUUCUGCAUGCCGUGAAUGAAUCAAAAGUACUGUGUACGGAAGCAGAGAGUGGGAAGCUGGCGGCUUUUGUUGAGAAGCACAAGAAUACCUUUCAGUUAAUGGAUCAAUUUUCAUCGAACUUCUCCGAAGAGGAGCGUUUAAAAGUUUUCCAAUGGCUAAUUACUGAGAACUCAAUGGCUCUUACAUCGUUUUCGACACAGAAAGGAUUGCAAAAUAUGUUUAAUCCUUCAUUUGGAAUAGGAAUGAUGAAUCUUUCUCUCCAAAUUUCAACAAUGCAAAUGGAACUUCUUUUCCAACCUAUUUAA